AUGGGAAAUAUUCCUGGUUUUUUGUUAUUUCUGAUAUUUUUGGCGAUUUUUGUGAGUUGUAAAGAUGAAUCCUACAUACUUGUGGAGGACUACGAUGAUUUGAAGGUUAAAAAAAAUUUUUUUUUCGAAGUUUACAUCAAUUUUAAGAGUUUACUGCGGACGAAAAACAAUGUUCUGGCGUAUUAUUUCAAAAAAGGCAGUGAUGUGACUCCUUUGAUGAAAAAAGUGGCUGUCAAUGUCUUUGGCAUCGCUACGAUUAGUUAGUAAUAUAUUAUUUUUCUCAAUUUUCUCUCAAAAAAAGGAAAAUCUUCAAGUUGAAGCUCAUUCUCCACUUAAAGUCGCAAGUUUUGAAUCCAAAUUGGAACUUUUAAUGAUUAAGCCACACCUUUUUAGAACAAUUUUGCUUCAAAAAACAAUAUAUUUCAGUAUUCAUCAAUUGCGAUUCCUCGCAAAAACUCUGCAAAAAGAUGAAAGCCGACCCACAGCCGUUCACAUUGAAGCACUACGCGUGAGUCAACUAAAUUUGCCUCGAAUAAAAACAAUUCUGAAAAAGUCUAAUCACUUAAAAGUGAGUCUAACAUUCAAAUUUUUAAAUCCUUCUCGGUUUUUAAAGCCGUGUUCAAAGUAAUUUCCGCGAAAAAAAAAAUCAUCUCUGGCUCUCCGAAAUUAAGUUAUCUUUUCCAUUCUCUGACGGCUAUUUUGAAAUUUUAAACUCCUAUUCAAAAUACUUUGAACAAAGCAGAAGGUUCUUGUCAAGGAAAACCGGACGUUUCUGAGAAGCUCUAGAGAUCCCUUAAGAGUGCUGACACCGCUGAAGUGAUCACUUGACAUGAGAAGCGUCCGGUUUACGAUACCGAAGGUCGAGUGUAUAUAUAUAUACUGCUUGAAAAAAUCAAGUCGUUUUCUCCAAUGGAAAACGGUUAUCCGUAGAGCAAACAAUGUCCCAGAUGAAGAGGCUGUUUUUUACUCCUUUUUCUCUUUUUUUUUUUGGAAAUUUAUGAAACUAUAUUUUAUUAUAUCAGUUCAAAAACUAUGUUAUUAAAAAAAAAAAUGGGAAAUUUGGAAACUACGAUAAUUUCAAAAAGUUAAAGGACCUUUUCCGAGCACUUUCAAACAUAUAUAGCUGAUUCACGGCAGGCUUGAGCCAUUGGAAAAAGGGUCCUGACACGAUAAUGCACGAGAUAGAGCCUGGCUCGUGGAGAGCCCAGACAGGCCACGCCCCCUUAGCGUCCCAAGCUAGCCGUGAUUCGGAUGUAUUAUUUGAAUACGAGCCGUGGUACUAUGGUUGAAAAUUAAAAUUUCUUGAAGUGGUAUAGACGAUUCACGGCUAGCUUGGGACGCAAAAAGGCGUGGCGUGUCUGCACUCUCCACCAACCAGGCACUGUCUCUUUCUUCUCUUUUCGUGUCAGGACCCUUUUUUCGAUGGCUCAAGCCAGCUGUGAAUCAGCUUUAUAUCCGAAACAGCUUUCUCACUUCCUAAGAGCACCAAAAUUAUUCCUGUACCUUUUUAGUUGAAUUCCAAGCAGUCAAACUUUCAGAAACGGCGAGUUCAGCAAAGACUACGACAGGAAGGUCUCCGAAGCCUCAAUCGUCUCGUUUUUGAAGAAUCCGAUGGCCGAGGGCCCCUGGAACGAGGAUCCAGUCCUCCGCGACGUGGUCCAUGUCGAUGGCGAGGACGAUUUCGUCAAGGUGCAGGAGAAAAAAAGAAGCAAGCUUCCAAGAGGAGUACUCUCUUUCUUGCUCAUCAUGAUGAGAGACAGCAAAACGCGUCGUCCUGGAUCGAGUCGGAUGCAAAUUGGAAUUCUUUAUUUAUUCAAGCAAAAUCACGGUCGGCGUAUCCAAAUAAGGAAAAAAACAUGCUUUAUUUUCAAAGUAUAUUUUCCUUGGGAUUACGGUAUCCGUCGCUUCAAGACCCAAUCUGAAAAAAAGCAAUAUUCAGUGCGAAAAAAAGCUAUAACUUGAUUCAUUCGUCAAUAACAAUUACGUGUAGUUCUAAAAAAAGUUUCCUGGAUUGCGGUAGUUUUUCGUGUCAAGACACAAAUUGUGUCAGAAAAAAAUAAUUAAAUCGAAAAAAAUCAUGAAAUUUUUCUGAGUUCACAAACAAAACGCCUAUAAGAAAAAGCCUCUCCAAAAAAAAAAGACUUUAACUUUCUGUAGCAGAUUACUGUAAUUUUCGCUACAAGACUCAUAUCUCAAUAAAAUGGCUUCGAUUAGAUAUUUUGAACAAUAAAAAUCAGAGAUAUAAUUUUUUUCAGUUAAUGGAAAAAGAAAAAAACCGACUUUGGUGCUUUUCUACACGCCCAUGUGUCCACAUUGCAAGAACGUCAAAUCGGAUUUUGGGUAUUUUUUUGAAAAAUUUUUCCUAAAUUUCAAUAAUUUUUUUAAGAAACGUGGCAACCGACGCCAAAACCCAAAAAAAUUGGACAGGAUAUUGGCCGCCGUGGAUAUGAGCAACCCGGGGAAUCGGAAAAAUUGCCGAAGUUUAUCAGGUGAGUUCAUUUUAGGAGGAAAAAGGGGUUUCCUGGAGGAUUUUUUUAAAGUUUUUUUGAAAAAUACCAAAAAGCUAGAAAUAUGCAGAAAAUCACCACUUAAGCUAAAAAGGCAUAAAAAUCGAGAAUUUUCAAAUUUUCGUGUUUUUAAUCGUAAACUCCAUCCUCAAAAUUAAUUUUUUAAAAGGGCUGUUCUGAAAUAAAAAAUGAGACUUUGGCUUUGAAAAAAAAAUCAAGCCUUCAAAAGGAAAUAAAAAUUCGGAAAAAGACAAAUUUUCAAAACUUUUUUCAUCUUUUCCUGGGUCAUUCUAGAGAACCUUUCCUAAAUUAUUUCGAAAUUCUGAUUUUUUUCAGCUUCAUUUAACCGAAUUUUAGACUUGAGAUGACAAAUACAGUAACCAAUUUAUAAAAAAAUCAAAAUUCAUUGUAGAAAAUUUUUCUCUCACACACUUUACAUUAAAAUCUUAAGUAGAUUCUUUAUUUUUUUUUUUAAAAAAAACUCGGGAAGCUAGAGAUAACAUAGAAACUGGAGUUACCCAGACACCUAAAUAGCCCUAAUUUUGGAAUUUUCAAGUCAUUUCAAGCCAGAAUCCACAUUUUUUUUCCAUAGAUUCACGGCUUGAGACGCUAAGGGGCGUGGCCUGUCUGGGCUCUCCACGAGCCAGGCACUAUCUCUUUUUUUUUUAAUCGUGUCAGGACCAUUUUUAAAUGGCUCAAGCCAGCCGUGGAUCAGCUGUACGAAACAAAAUCCAAACUAUCACUCGAAGGGUCACAGGUUCGGAUCCGCUCCAAUAUUCCUUCUUUUUUGCAGAUUUCCGCCUACCCAUCGCUUCACUUUUUCGACCUCGGCACCGAUUUGUAUCCCUACUUAGGGGCCAAAGACAAGGUUUUUGGGGGAAAAAAAUAUGAAAGAAAUAUUUUUUUAGACGGCUCUACUUUCUUGGAUUAAAGAACCAUCCAAUCCCUGGGCGGUCAAGGUGAAAAAGGUCCGAGGUGGGGAAUUUUUUUUCAAAUUAUGGUAUUCAAUUUUUUACCCUACAGAAGUUUUAAUAAUAAAGAUCAUGUUUCAAAAAUCGAUUUCUAAUCAAAAAACGUGUAAAAUUAGCCAAAAAAUGACGAAAUUUAUUAUGCCGUGUUCAAAGUAAUUUCCGCGAAAUGCAAAAUACCCGUUAGAGAAAGGAAAAGAUCACUAAAUUUUGGAGAGUCAGAGACCAUUUUGCAUUUCGCGGAAAUUACUUUGAACACGGCAUAAAAUCGGGAAAAAUUUUAGUAGUCACUAUAGGGUUUUGAAGUUUUAAUGGCCACUAUGGUAGUCAAAUUAGUGGCCACUUAAGGGGUUGAAACCUAGUGGCCACUAUAGAGGUCUAAGUGCUACUACUAGACCACUUAGUGGCCACUUCAGGGGUCAAUGGAUCAACAUAACUGGUCCAAUCUGUUUGUUUUAAAAUUAUCAGAGUUACUGGAAGGAAGACUGGAUGGAAAACUACUGAAGUGGCCACUAAAACGGAAAAUAAUGGCCACUUUAGUGUCCUCUACAAAAAGUCCCUGUCGAGCCUCUAUAGUGGCUAAAAAUGUCCCCAAAAAGGCUCAAAAUCGUUCUAACAAAAAAAAAAUGCAGGACCUCGAUUGGAACGAGGAUCCGGGAACGGUCCUCGAACACGUCGACGAGAGAAAACUCGACGCUUUUCUGGCCAAAAAUCCCAAUUCUCUCAUCGUUUUUCACGCGAAAUGUGAGUUCAGAUAUUCCUUCAUUUUCCAAAAAUCAUUAUGAUUAUAAACUAAUAAUUUGUUUUCUUCAGGGUGCAGUCAUUGCAAGAAGAUUCGUCCGAUAAUUGAGGAAUUUGUGGAAAUUGCCGAAAAACGAAAAUAUCAACUCAAAGUCGCGGCGAUCGAUGGGGACAAGGUUUAUUGAAAAAAAUGAUACUUUUUCGAAUGGAUUUUCACAUUUUUUUCUUACACAUAUAUCGCCAGAAAUGCUGAAAAAAAGUUUGAAAAAAAUCACCAUUUUCAAAAAAAUUCCCGAAAAAGUUCCUGUUGUAAAUUUUUGGAGUUUUUUUAAGACAGUUUUUUUCAAUUUUUUUCAAGUUUUUUUCCAAUUUUUUUAAAGAUUUCAGGCAGCUUUUAAAAAAAUAUAUUUCAAACACAUAAAGGUUUUUCUGAGCUUUUUUUCAACAGAAAAAUUUUUCGAAAAUAGUUUUUUUCCAAACUUUCCCACUCGCUCAGCCAACAAGCUGAUAAAAAAAGACGAAAAAAAAAGUUUUGAAGGAUUUUUUUUUUUCGAAAUGCUGAGGUUUAACAGUCCUACUAUCUACUUUCAAGCAAUUUUAAGACAAAUUUGACCGGAAAAAUGAAAAAGAAAUUGAAAUUUCCAUACAAAAUCAUCGCUUAUUUUGUAAAAAUCUCCUUUUUUCAUAUUUUAAGCAGACAUGUCGGGGCAUUUCUAGUGACCACUUUAGUAGCGUCAAAACUCUUAAGGGGUCCCUAGAAACGCCCAGAGCGAAACGGACGUGUCGGGGCAUUUCUAGUGACCACUUUAGUAGCGUCAAAACUCUUAAGGGGUCCCUAGAAACGCCCAGAGCGAAACGGACGUGUCGGGGCAUUUCUAGUGACCACUUUAGUAGCGUCAGAACUCUUAAGGGAUCCCUAGAAUCGCCCAGAGCGAAACGGACGUGUCGGGGCAUUUCUAGUGACCACUUUAGUAGAGCCAGAACUCUUAAGGGGUCCCUAGAAGAGCCCAGAGCGAAACGGACAUAUCGGGGCAUUUCUAGUGACCAUUUUAGUAGCGUUGGUGUUCUGUCAGAACUCUUAAGGGAUCCCUAGAAUCGCCCAGAGCGAAACGGACGUGUCGGGGCAUUUCUAGUGACCACUUUAGUAGAGCCAGAACUCUUAAGGGGUCCCUAGAAGAGCCCAGAGCGAAACGGACAUAUCGGGGCAUUUCUAUAUCGGUCCCUAGAAGAGCCCAGAGCGAAACGGACAUAUCGGGGCUUUCGAUCCCCAUCAGGAAAGGUGUUCGCCAGGGAGAUACCAUCUCCCCCAAGUUGUUCUCCACGGCACUAGAAGACGCGAUGCGCCAACUUGGAUGGGACGAAGAGCACGACUGGGAAGACAGUACAGACAUCAGAGGCAUCAACAUCGACGGCAAGGUCCUCACAAACCUCCGCUUCGCCGACGACAUCGUACUCUUCUCAAGCUCCACCACCGAACUUUCCUCUAUGCUGAACGAUCUGGACGAAGUCGGCAAGAAGAUCGGCCUUAAGAUGAACGUCAAGAAGACGCAGUGGAUGAAGAACCGCUUCUGCGACCAAGGCAAAGUCACCCUUGAGGGCCGCGACCUUCAGGAGGUCACAUCCUACAUCUACCUUGGCCGGGAAGUAAACAUGGUGAACGACCUGCAAGCAGAGAUCGGCAGACGCAAACGCGCUGGAUGGGCCGCCUUCAACUCCAUCAAAGAAGUCACCAGUCAGCUGAAAGACCCGAAACUGCGAGCUCACAUCUUCGAAGCGUCGAUAAUCCCUGCCAUCUCCUACGGUACCGAAGUUUGGCCUGACACGAAGAAAAAUGCAACCGCCCUACGAACUUCCUACCGCGCACUGGAACGUGCUCUCAUCGGCACCACUCGCUUCGAGCAGUGGAAAAAAGAACAGAGGAGCACAGACCUCCGUCAACUAUCCCAAAUCCGGGAUCUAGAAGAGCACAUACAACGCGGGAAACAUCGUUGGGGCGGCCACGUCAUCCGCAGACAAGACGACCGCUGGUCCACGAGAUUAACACACUGGAUUCCGAGAAACAUCAAGCGCCCACUCGGGCGCCCACCGACCAGAUGGACGGACUACUUCCGCAAGAACAUCAGUCAGCCAGGCCGCCACUGGAUGACCGUCGCGCAAGACCGAGCCGCCUGGAGAACGUGUGGUCCACGCUGAGAACAUCAGCGAAGAUGGACCAUCAAAGUAUCAAAGUAAGUAAGUAAGUAUUUUAGUAGCGUCAGAACUCUUAAGGGGUCCCUAGAAACGUCCUGAACACGUCCGUAUACCAAUGUCCGAGCGGUCAACAACCAUGUUUAUUGGAGCGAAUAUGACAAAUUUCCAAAAGAAUAUUCCAGAAUCCCCACGUCCUACAGCUCCACGUGGUUCCCGGUUAUCCAACUUUGAGAUAUUACGAAUAUGGAAUGAAGAAGUUCGAUAUCAGUGAAAGAACUCUGGACGGACUACUUCGCUGGGGCAAAGAGUCGGUUUUUUUCUCACUAGAAAAAAUAAUAACAAAGUCUUGGCGCAAUUGGGGAAGCUCAUAGUUAUCAAAUUUCCUAUGCGAGUUUGGAUCCGGUGAUUUGCUAACUGAUUUCACAUUUUUCGAAUCUAGUGAUUUUAUAAUAUUUUUUGCCACUUUCAAUAUAUAGUCUGUUCGCAAAAAAAUGAACUUUUUGGGUCGAUUUGAUGAAAAAACAGCUUUUUUCAAACUUUAGAAAAAUUAAAAAUUCCAGCAUUUUUUGAUAAAAUCGCAAAUUCUCCAUAUGUAGUCUAUUCACUGUCAGCCUGCCUAAUUUGGUAUUUUCAGUACUGAAAUAAAUCUUACAAACUCGAACCUUGGUAACACGAACGGGACGCGAAUCGGAUGUGUCGGGGCAUUUCUAGUGACCACUUUAGUAGCCUCAGAACUCUUAAGUGAUCCCUAGAAACGUCCGGAGCACGUCCGUUUCGCGUUAUCAAUGUCCGAAAAGCUUUAAAAGAAAAAUCAAAAAAAGUUCAUUAGAGCGCAUUUGCUCCUGAACUGCCAAUUCUUCCCUUCUUUUUUUGUAUAUGUUAUUUCGUUCUGCCUGUAAAUAAAUUAUAUUAUUAUUAACUUUACAAAAAAAUAUUUCCAGACCUUCAAACGAACCGGAAGCCGCGAAAACUUGGGAUUUAACCGGGACGAAAAUCGUCGAACUCACCAUGUAAUUUGCUUUCAUAUCAAGCUUAAAAAUAAUGUUUUUCAAUGAAAAUUUCCAGAAAAAACGCCGAAAAUGUCCUGAAGCAGUACCGCAACGCGUUCGUUCUCUAUUACACGCCUUGUCAGUUCAUUUUUUUGAUCAAACUUUUCAAAAAACUAAAAGUUCCAGGGUGCAGUCAUUGCAAAACGAUGAAAAACGAGUUUGUCGAAUUCGCGAAAUUAUUGAAAAACGAGCCGAAUUUGGUGAUCGCCGCUGCGGAUUGCAAUAAAUAUGUGCGGGAUUUUAAUUUUUCAAUAAAUGGAAAAAAUUUGUUAGAUAACACGUUAGAAUCGAGAGAAAAGUUAUCUUAUUUAUCUAAAUACUUAUUCUGAAACGGCUAACUGAUAAAACAAGUUUUCGGAGAUUUUUUGAAGGGUAAAGUGCACCAGAGAGUGUAUAAAAACGAGAGACAGCCGGAGAUUAAAAAAUUUGUGAAGUGUGUCUAGCCUCUCCUGUUUUCCUGUGUUCUCUAAUUGUUCCGAUCCGAGUCAAAAAUUCCAAAGUUAUCAGUAGAAAAAUAAGCUUAAAAACGUCAAAUUCUAUAGAAUAUAUAAAUUUGGAGACAGUUAGAUAUUUUUUUAAAAAAACUUAUAUAAUGUCUGGGAGCCUCCAAUUUCAAAACACUCUCUAAAUUACAGAGAUUUCAGGGAUUUUCUUUCAAAAAAAAAGUUUUCUCGAAGAAAGUUCCCAAAUUUUAGAGAUUAUUGGAAAUCUGGAGACCACCAGACAUACAAAAAGUUACUAAUUUAAUGUAUGAAAAUUUAAUUUUUAAACUUUUUUAUAUUUUCGGGACUUCUUUCAAAAGACAAGACCAAUAUUCUCAGUAAAAAAAUACCAAAAUCGCCUUUUUCUCUUCAAAAAAAAUAAAAACUUCAGGCCGGACUCUGCCGCCAACACGAAAUCGGCGCCUACCCGAGCAUGAAAUACUUCAGAAGUGGCAAAAUGAAUCAUCAGUACAAGGAAGGGCGGGGUCGGCAUCAACUUCGCGACUUUUUAUGGUAAAAAAAAAACUGUUGAAAAACUUCCGCUCCUCCCAAUUUUCCGCCCUAACCGUUCAAAUGAAAAAAAAAAUGUUCAAUGUAUCAAAUCUAACUAGGGGAUGGUCUUCAUUCGCAGUGAGACUUCUAAAUAAGACCAAGCUCGCUAGAUGUAGUUUUUCACGCUAAUUCCAAAUCUGGUCCUAAAAACCGCCCUCGAGGCCUGUGAGAAAAGUUAGGGGCUCUCAAAGUCGAAAAUCUCGAUGUCUUCGAUUGAGCUCGUUUUUGGAGGGUAUAUAGAUCUUGUCCCUCACACGGGAAGUGCGAAAGGUCGAGGUAUUGGAAUUUAAUGAAACUUGGUAUAUAGGUACUUCCGAACACCCUGCAUCCAAAGCAGUUGAAAAAAAGUGCGCCUUUUUGGUUUUAGUCGAGUUAGGGCGCCUCAAAGUUUGCACGCAAAAAUUACAUUGGAAGGGACGAGGGAAUCUGUUGCGGUGGCUAACUCUAGCUGCCAGCAGGCGGCGUGGUGUAGUGGCUAGAGGCCUUGCGCUGUGAAACCUAUGAUGCAGGUUCGGUCCUUUUUUGGUGAAAUUUUUUUUUGCCAAUUUUUUUUUAUUUGAAAAAUGAGGAAGUUUUGAUGAUGGAGUGAAAGAACAGCUCAAAAUUUUGAAAUUCACCAUUUAAUGCCCAUCUGAGAAAGAAUUUCGACAAAAAACUUUUUUGCUCCAUUUUUCCUUGCCUAACCAUAAGGCUUAUGGUCGACCCAUUCCUUUAAAAAAAUUUCGGAUGAACCAAUAGAAUCAAAGUGUUAUGAUAUUUAUUCUUCUUUCCUUCCUUUAUGACGUUAUGUGCGUAAAAAUGUGUAUCAAAGUCCAGCUUCACUUUAUUUUCACAAUCGGGAUGAUAUGGCGAUGCUGCAGGGAAUGAAAAAAAAGACAAGGAAAAGGGUUAACUAACCGCCAUCUUUGAAGAAAAAAAUCGUUUGAUGAAUAAGAAUAGAAGCAUAGAACUACAAUAAGUUGUUAUUUAUAUCACAAACCUAUGAACUCUCGCAAGAAUAAUCUCGACGCCCAAAUUUCCUGCACAGAGCAGGACAAAAGAAGACUAAAAAAAAAUUUUGUUGAAAGUCUUUCUCAAAACGACAUAAAAUAGUGAAUUUUAACACUUUGAACAGUGUUUUUCGUUCCAUCUUCAAAAAUUCAUCAAUUUUUUUCGAAAAACUUCAUGGCAAAAAAAAACUUCACCAAAAAGGGUCCGAACCUGCAUCAUAGGUUUCACAGCGCAAGGCCUCUAGCCACUACACCACGCCGCCUGCUGGCAGCUAGAGUUAGCCGCCGCAACACAUUCCCUCCUCCCUUCCAAUGCAUUUUUGGCGUGCAAACUUUGAGGCGCCCUAACUCGACUAAAACCAAAAAGGCGCACUUUUUUUCAACUGCUUUGGAUUCAGGGUGUUCGGAAGUACCUAUAUACCAAGUUUCAUUAAGUUCCAAUACCUCGACCUUUCGCACUUCCCGUGUCAGGUCACAAAGAACCAAUUGAUUUUUUUUGGCAAGGUUCUGAAGCUCAGGUAUGAUUUUUCAAAGCUCCGCGCGUGAUAAGAGCAUGCAAGCGCGGUGUCCUAGUAAGACGAAUUUACCAUCUUUAAACUUUUAUUUCCGUUCGAAACUCCUGUCGCAAAAAAUCCCACUACGAAUUGGACAUUUUUAGCGACCACUUUAGUAGCGACAGCACUCUUAAGUGAUCCCUAGAGCUGCUCAGAAACUUCCAGAGCGCGUUUUGUUACCAAUGUUCGAAAGCUUAAAAAUCAAGAUAAAGUUCGCCCCAUUGAUGAAAAAAAAUCCAAAGUCUCUUUCUCGGACCUUGGAAACAAAGCCCGGCCGUUACUGAGCAUUUCUAGGUAUCACUUCAGAAUUCUGACGCUACUAAAGUGGUCACUAGAAACGCUCUGACACGUCCUUUUAGUGUUACUAAGGUCCGAGCAAUGGCUCAGUUUCUAUGCUUGAACUAUAAGAAUAGAUCCUACCAAAUUCAAUUUUUCAAAGCUGAAUUUUAAACAAGAGCCAAAUUUUCAGAUCUCCAACUAUGCGCUCCACCGAAGUUUUAAUUUUUCAGGCUGAAAAUCCGGGAAGAAGAGGAAGAAUACGCUGAGAAAUCGAAAAAGAAGGCGGAAAAGACGAAAACGCCCCGUCAGGUCGAGGAAAACACGGAAAGGGAGGAAAGAAAAGCGGCUGAGAAACGAUUUCAAGACGAGAUGUUCAAAGGAAAAGAUGAAUUGUAA